AUGUGCUUCCUUCCUCAAGUGCAGAGCCUCAAGCGCUGGCUGAGAGCACCUGCAAAGCUGUACAACAGAGCCACUGGCUGCCCCUGCCCCGUGCCAGCCUUGGGGGUGGCUCUGGGCAGCACGUGCUUGAGGAGCGUUGCCUUGCUGUUCCCUCAGGGUGGCCAGGAAGUUGCCAGCAGCAAAUCUCCUCCUCCUCAAGCAGCUGCUGUCCCUGCUCCAGCAUAUCGGGCAGCACGUCUCCACCAGCAGAAUGACCUCCAGCAGCCUGGCUGUCUGCCUGGGGCCAAACUUGCUGAGCCCACCCCAGGAGGAGCUGCUCCUGCCGGAGGCUGCGCUGGCUCUGAGCACACCAGUGAUGUUGUCUGGAGCGGCCGCUGCAGCUCCCCAGCCCGUGCCAGCUGGGCUGCCCAGAGGGCCCUGUCAGCCCCCUGUCUCCAACAAAUGCUGGCAGGGCAGAUGCCUGGAAUAGAUGCCCCACAGCCACUGCCUUCUGUGCAGGGGCUCAGGAGGAAUGGGAAAGGCUGCUUGACGUGUGUUCAGGCCCCUGGGCUGAGAGCACGGCUGGGACGUGUGCAGGUGAAGGUGCUGGUGGAGUUCAUGAUGGACAACUUUGAUGCCACCUUUGGGGAGGAGACGGCUGGCCUGGGGGAGUCACCAGCACCCACCGACAGAUGCCCAGACCUGUGUUUGGAGGAGCAAAGUGGCCCCACAGGCGGAGCAGACGAGGAUCAUCAGGCAAAGACCUUCCUGGAUGCCUCCUCUGCCCUGCCAGGCGUGUCCACAGAAGAUGGGGCAGACCCAGUGGUGGAGGCCGAGGGGGCAGAGGCACCUCCAGCUUUGCCUCCAAACAUCCCCCAGAGUGCAACAGAAUCCCUGGCACCCACAGAACCACUGACGAGCCUUUCAGCAUCCAGAAAGUGCCGCUUUCGUGUUGCCAGGUGA